CUGCCAGAACCACCUAAACGAUUUCCUGUGAAAGAUUUUUUUUCUCUCUCUAGCCAUACUCGUUUUUCUCGCUCCUUCAUCUCUCUAACAAAGCAAUCUGAUCUUCGAUACUCUGACCAGAUUUUCAAAUUUCAACCCAAUUUUCCGGCGAUUCGUCUUCUUUCUGAGGUUUCGAACCAUCUGAUCGGUGCUUUAGUGGAUGAUUUGAAGGAUCUAGGGUUUUGCGACUUGCGCUGAUAUAUAUAUAUUUUUUUAUAUAAUUGGAGUUGAGCUUGAGAGAUUAGCCAUGUCGAACCUUAGAAAGCAAGAAUUCAAUGAUGACGGCGUUGAACAGUCCAACGUUGAGGAUUGCGAUGACUCAUCAUCGAUUUCUAGUGGCGGUGAGACGUCAAGUGUUCGAUCUGAUGGGAGUCUGAGAGAGAGUGGUGGGUCGAGGAGCGAGGUUGGGCUAACGGAGCGAUUGACGGACAUCUUUGUUGGCCAUGGGGAUGGUGAUUUGUUGCUUCAGCAAAAUGAUCGAGAAAAUACAGUUUUGCAGUGGCUUCAGGCUCUUGAUUUUCAGGUGAUUGGUGCUUGUCGAGCGGAUGAGAGAUUAAAGCCUAUGUUGAAGAUGAAUGUUUCUAGUGGCUUGGCUGAAGAUCGCUUGCUGGAACAUCUUAUUCAGCACUUUGAACCAUCGGAAGUUGGUAUGCUUGCCAGAUGCUUUUGCAUACCUCUAGUUUCCAUCCGCGUGGGAAAGAUCAACAAGCAAGGAAAUCUUUUGUGCCCAACUCCUACAAGGGGGGAUUUAAAUCUUACGCUCUCGCCAACAUCUGAUUUGCGCCUCUCAUUCAUCGGGGACGAUGGCCAAAUGGAAAGACUAUUCUCCUUGAGUAACAAAUCCCAGUCUUCUGCCGUAGUAGUUGAGGAAAUUGCAGCCGACAGUUCUGGUCGUUCUUUCCAAAUAAGGAUCUCGGAUAGCAGAGUUUUUUACUUUUGGUGCUCAGAGAAAUCCAAGCUGUUGGGAAUCGAAUUACUUGCGAAGAUGAAAGAUUUACUCAAGAAGAGGCCCUCAGUCGCUGUUUUAACUGGAAUCAGUGAGUCACGCCUUGAUUGCUUUGCAACUCACCUCCAUGCCUAUCUGAUGGGAUCGGCAGUCUGCAAUGGAAAAGGAAAUUCUCCAUGCUCUGCUUCACCUUCGCUUGAUUCGUCACUGAAUCUCUGUGAUGCCACUCAAAGUGCCCAAACUGUACCCUUAUCAACAAAGUCUCCGCGUUAUCGGCACAUCAGCAGUCAAUCAGCGAAGUUGAAUAUCUAUCAGGGUAGCCUCAGUCCAAGAUCAGGUUCCUUCAAAGAGGGAUUACCUAAAAGCUUAUCUUCAUUGAGAAAUGCUGCAAGGGAAAAGCUGAGGCGCCGUGGGGAUUGCCAUCUCCAAGUUGUUGACAACUUGGCUGCUGUUUUACCAGUGGGUGACAACGCAUAUGGCUCUCGUCAAAAUGAAAAUGGUAAACUGUUGGAUAUUAAGAGUAGCGAAUCUUCUACCUCAAGUUUGCUGGAAUCUCUUGGGAAAUUAGCUGUCCCACCAACUUUGAGCGCCAUGUCUCAAGUUCCUUCCCUCAGUCCGCAACUCUUUUCUCCGUAUUAUUGUUGGUGCCCCCCAGGUACACAGCAGUCAGUUGUUCCUUCACAAAUUACCUCCUCAUCAGUUGGUAUACCUCGUCUUCCAUCACUUUCUUCCCUGUUGUCAGCGCCACCAAGCUUUUUGACACCCACAUCGGCUCUUGAUCGAACUGAUGUCCCAUCACUCGAUUUCCCUACCUUUUUACCAAUUCCUAGUUCACACUUUUUACCAAUUCCUAGUUCACAGCAAAUACCAACUUUCACGCCUUUAAUGUGUGACCCAAUUGUGCACAUCCCAGUCAUUGAUAUUUGCUCUUCUGGCCAAGGCUACCUUGUUAGUGCUGGUCCAACUAUGACAACCACAAUUCCUCCUUUGCAUCCAAAACUUGUAAGUCCAUUGAUCGCUGAAACCGAGUCUUUGGUGGAAAAGGGUGCAAGGGAGACCUUGCGGCUCCUCAUUAGUACUUCAAGCCAAGCCAACAAUCAGUUGAUGGAUGUUUUGCCUGCUGUUCUUACAAAUUCUGGUGAACAACAAAAUAUAUUUGUUACAGGAAGCCGGGGUCUUUACACUGGAGUAAGAGAUGUUGAUGCUAUUGCAAGCAGCAUCGCUGCCAUGAGCUUGGCUUCGCUAUCUGGAACUUCUAUUGGAGACCGUGUUUCAAAUAAAUGUAGUUGCGACAAAUUAGAUGCAUCGGCUGAAGGAUCUGGUGGAAUGGGUGGAUCUUAUUCAGAUGCUGGGGGCCCACCUCUGUAAUCAUUCAAGAGAACAAACUGAUGAUACAUUACAAUUCACUUCUCGUUCUCUUGUGUAGAUCUGGGUUUGUUCCCUCAACUUUAGAUGUAUGGCGGAGUGUCUAGCAUUUUGCUUCUGUAAUUACUGCGAAUCCUGCCAUUCGGGGUGCUCUUUGGCAUUUAUAUUCCCAUCAUUGUUCUAGGUCUAAAUCAAGAAUGUAAAUGAAUUUUGGUAUUAUCUUUGGCUUUGUACUGUUGGCCAUCUGAACUGAUGUCCUGAUUUAAUUAUUUGCUACGUGGCUGGAAUCUUUGGAACUAUUAGAAGUUAUUGUUUUUUUUUAAUAAGCAAGAAGUCAUGUUGUAGUGAUCGCA